ACAGCUGGAACGACGAUGACAGCGACGGUAGCAGUGUGGACGUGCGUCGUGGUCUUAAUCUCAGCGACUCUGGACGCCACAAUGGACGUGAGCUACGAGGUACAAGAGAGCCUGCUGGCUUUAGGGCUGGACACGGGUGUGGCUGAGGUUCUGGACACGGACACGGCUGUCGACUGUGUGGAGGGCUCUCCCAAAGGGGAGGACGGACUCAUGUACUGUCGACGCCUCGCCCCACAAACACGGCUACGCAUGAACAAAACAGCAAACAGUCUGCUGGUGCUGACCAUGCGACGGAAGGCAGGAGACAGCUACAAGAGGUUCCUCAGGUCAACCAGCAUCUUUGGCUACAAAGUUAAGGUCUUGGAUGUAGGUGAGAAGGAAGAGUUGGACGAGAAGAAACACCUUGAACUGCUCAAGAAGGAGUUCAAAGCUCUCAGUCAAGACAAGGAGAAAAUUGUCCUCUUCACAGAAAGUGGGGACGUUGUGUUCUCAGCUCCACCAGUUCGGGUCAUCGAAGAAUUUGAGAGUUCUGCUGCCGACAUCUUGGUUUCUGCUGAUGGUUUCUGCUGGCCUGACCAAACCUUGGAAAGCAGUUUUCCAAGGGUGGAGCGAGGCAAGAGGUUCCUCAAUUCAGGAGGUUUUGUGGGCCGUGCUGGAACCAUCCACAGGAUGCUGUCGGAGGCUCCAGAGGAGACAUCAUUACAGCUCUUGAUAACCCACAUGUAUGUGAAAGAUACUACCAGGGACAAGUACAACCUCAAGCUAGACCACCUCUCCACACUCUUCCAGAAUCUUAAUGGUGCCACCGGUGAUGUUGAACUACGGUUUGCCGGCAAGGAGGCUUACUUGCAAAACACUUUGUACAACACUGUGCCUGUGGUGGUGAGAGGUAAUGGCCACACUGACCUUGUUCUUAACACACUGGGGUCUUACCUUGCACGGUCUUGGAACCCAGAGGAUGGAUGCAGAUCAUGCUGGGAUGAAAUGAUUAGUCUGGAUGAGAAGAAGGAGGAGGAGCUGCCAAGGUUGACAAUGGGUGUCUUUGUAGAGAAAGCCACACCCUUCCUGGAGGAGUUCUUAGAUAAGAUCGACAACUUGCUGUAUCCUUCCUCAAGGAUGGAUCUUUUUGUUCACAAUGCAGUAGAGUACCAUGAAGAGAUGGUGAGUGGGUGGGUGAAGGCAGUUGGAGAGACGUUUAUCUCGGUCAAGUAUAUUAAGCACGAUGAAAACAUCAAAGAAUGGCAUGCUCGCAAUGCCGCCAUUGACUACUGUCUGGAGCAUGAGUGCCAGUAUCUGUUCGUCAUUGACUCUGAAGCUCAACUGGAUAAUCCUUUCACUCUCAAGCUGCUUAUUGAGCAAAACAGGGAGAUUGUGGCACCUAUGAUGAUCCGACCCUACAAGGCUUGGAGUAACUUUUGGGGCGCCAUUACCAAUGAUGGCUUUUAUGCUCGCUCUAUGGACUACAUGGAGAUUGUACAAAGCCAAAGAAGAGGCCUAUGGAAUGUGCCAUAUAUCAGCUCUUGUUACCUGAUGCAGCGUUCUCUUCUUGACAACGACAAGAAGCGACCCUCCUUCAUUAAAAACCUGCUUGACCCUGACAUGGCCUUGUGUGAAAACCUCCGGGAAAAGGGUAUCUUCAUGUAUGUGAGUAAUCGAGUGGACUUUGGCCACCUUGUAAAUGCUGACAAGUUCGAGACUCGGCGAUUAAAUAAUGAACUAUGGCAAUUGUUUGAUAACCGCUGGGAUUGGGAACAACGCUAUCUCCAUCCAAACUACACUCAUGCUGUGUCUGAGAAUACUACUAAUGAAAUGCCUUCCCCGGAUGUGUACGGGUUUCCCAUCUUCAAGGAACGUUAUCCCAAGGAGAUAAAUUGAGACAUUUGAAGAUAUGGGAUUGGUUGAUGGCAGAAUAAUGACCCUCGUCUAGAUGGUGGGUAUGAAUCAGUUCCCACUAUUGAUAUCCACAUGAAGCAGAUGGGUAUGGAGGAGGAGUGGCUAGAGAUCCUGAGAACAUACAUACAGCCUCUCCAGCUUAAGGUCUUCCAGGGAUAUUACAACGAUGGUGGACCUCCUCGAGCCAUCAUGAACUUCAUGGUGCGCUACAAGCCUGACGAACAGCCAUUCCUUAGACCACACCAUGAUACCUCAACCUACACAAUCAAUGUUGCACUUAAUAAACCAGGAGUUGACUAUCAGGGUGGAGGUUGUAGAUUUGUGAGGUACAACUGCUCCAUUACAAAUUCUCGAGUUGGGUGGGUAUUGAUGCAUCCUGGACGACUCACUCAUUUGCAUGAAGGCCUUCGUGUGACACAAGGGACAAGAUAUAUUAUAGUUUCAUUUGUUGACCCAUAAAUUAAGCUUCAAUCUUUUAGUCUCAAAAUCAUGUUAGCAUAAAAAUUACAUCUGCAAAUUAAUUGUUAAAUAUAUGCAUAUCAUAUAUAUAGUACGCAUACUAAUUUUUCUACCAAUUUCAUUACUAAUAAUGUGUUGUGAAUUAGAGUAUGAAAUUAAUUUCAUGUAAUUCAAAAUGUAGAAAAUUAGGUUUACAGAGUGAUGUGCACGUAUAUAUUUUUACUUCAAGUGUUUUAAAACUCAUGUGAUAUUUAUAUAAAUAAAUAAUGUACAUCAAAA